AUGUUUACCGUUUACCUCGAAAAAUUGGACUACAACAAUAAUUUGAACCUGUUUAAAAACAAAACGCAGUUGUAUAUAGUUCAAGACCUACAGAUAAUAUUGACCAGCCUGAGCAAGUGGAAGCCUCGGGACUCCAAUCUGAGGAACUCCAUAUCGGCUCGUUCUUUAUACAAAGUGGUUUUUGAAUGCUCAAAACACGUUAUCGGCGAAUAUAAACAAAACGACGCUGUAGAACUUCUAAUGUACGUUUUGAACAAACUCGAUUCUGAGCUUAGGCAACGUCCGCCGGCAGAGGGCGAAGAUAAAAUUACAUUUUCGGAUGAUCCCUCAUUCGCCACGUCCAUGUUCAGCAGCAUGCUGAUAUGCCGAGAAUGCUGUCAAGGAUGUGGAUCGUUGUACACUCAAAGGAGUGAAACCAAUUUGGUAAUUUCGUUGGGUAUCCCUUCGGAAUAUUAUAACGGCGUUUCGACUAAUAGUUCAGUCGGCACCUUAACCGAUUGCUUGGAACGUUUUUUCGGAGUGGAACAACUCCAAGACAAACGUGUGGACUGUAAAGUCUGCAACAGCAGUCAGAAGUCGAACAGUAAGAUCUGGAUCAGCCAGUUACCCGAAGUACUGUGUUUGCACCUAAGUAGGUUUGUCUAUGAAAACAAUCAGUCUGUCAAAGUGCAGACUCUUAUUCAAUUUCCUAUGGUUUCGUUGGAUAUGUCCAAGUAUGUACAAAGUGAAAACGGGAUUGCCGUCGACAGGGAAGACUGUCUGUACGACUUAUCGUCCGUUAUCGAGCACAAAGGCAAUAGGUGA